AUGGCUUCCUUUGCUCCUGCGGCGUUUGCUGCAAUGGGGGCUGCAAUGUCUUGGGGUCAAGCACUGUCUGGCAUUUUCGGCAGUGUCAGCCUGACAGCUUGGAUUUGUCUCUUGCUUCCCCAGUUGAUUGCCAAUUACAAGGCCAAGAGCGCAGAUGGACUGAGCAUGGCAUUUUUGAUCGUCUGGCUCUUGGGCGAUGUGUCAAAUCUCAUAGGUGCCCUGUUCACCAAACUGGCACCAAGUGCGAUCGCACUCGCCACGUAUUUCUGCUUCCUCGAUGCCAUUCUCAUCUCACAAACGGGCUAUUACAAAGCCAAGGCCGCUCGAAGACGUGCCGCCGCCCACCGAGCCUCACUAGACCAAGCCGCCCUAGCAGCCGAAGCAUCUGAAGAGUCACCCCUUCUCGGAAGACGCCGCAGAAGCUCGACCGACCUGCCCGGUUCGCUGAUCCGACACGACACGCACCGCGAAAGCGCCCUCGAGCCCAUCCGGAAGGUGGUGACAGGCGAAGAUGAGACACCAGAGCGGCGGCCAUGGUUGAACAACCUGCUCGGCCUGGUGGCUGUGUAUCUCGUCGGCUUCGCAGGCUGGUUUAUUUCGUACAAGGCGGGCGCAUGGGACGGCGACGACGGCAUCCCCGACAAUGGGGCCGGAGUGCCAGACCCGUCCGAGGCGGACGAUUUGAAGGCGAAGUUUGGAUUGGCGCUCGGCUACGUCAGCGCGCUAUUCUAUCUCUGCGCGAGACUGCCGCAAAUUUUCAAAAACUACCAGGAAAAGUCCUGCGAGGGCCUGUCACUUUUGUUCUUCAUGCUGUCACUCACGGGAAAUAUGACAUAUGGUCUGAGUCUCAUUUCGUACUCCCAGAACAAGGAGUACCUCCUCAAUGCGCUUCCCUGGCUGCUCGGCUCCCUGGGCACAAUGGUCGAAGACUCAACCAUUUUUGUGCAGUUCCGCAUAUACGGCGACAAUUCCCGCAGACUGUCUGCCAGCCAAUGA